AUGGCAGUCCCGUUGUUUUGCAUUUCUUUCUGCAUUUCUUUCCCGAGCAAUUUCUUCCAAGCUUGGCUUCCCAUGGCUUUGAUGUUCUUUGGUGCUUCGCAGGGCCGUGUCGCAGCAUCCGAGGUGAAGACCAGAUCCGACAUUUGUGGUACCCUCCACGUGGCGCAGGCAAUGGGGGAGAUGCUCCUAGAUCUGCUUCGCAUCAACCGGCCCAGGUCUUUGAGCCGCAUUUCCACGAGCUGGCAAGAACCAACCAACGAGGGCCUACCGCAAGGUUCUGCAACUCUGUGCGAGAAGCUUCAGCCAAUUCGACCGAAUAAAUUUGUCCACUGCGCCGUCAACCAAGAAAUCGAAGAAGCGCAGCUGCCCGUAGAACUUCGUGGAAGCAACAGUUGGCAAAGGCUGCAGCAGUUCGCUAAGCGGGCCAAGCUGCGUGCUGCCAGCAGAGACGAUCCGUGCACAGCUCGGAAAGUUCAUGAAGGUUCCGAGGCCCUGGCCGCACCGGUGAUCGCGAAUCGCAAGCUGGGUAGGGCGCUCAGAAUGUUUACCUGCUGUUGCGUAGAUGAAAAGCCUGCUGAUUUUGUGGAGUUACAAAUGGACAGUGCCUUCCCAGAGGGAAAGGGCGCGGCCUCGCCAAGCGCUCCCGUGACGUUCGACAUCUUCCUUGACCGCGCCCCUGGAACCUACUUCGGUGUUGACCUUUCCAGUGCCGGAAAGGCAUGUGUUGUCACCAGUGUCACCACCGACGGCCUCAUCGCGGAUUGGAACUCCAAGUGUAGCGAAGAAACAAAGGUGCAGAAGUACGACAGACUGUAUGCGGUGAAUGGUCAAGCAAGCGAGAAAAGCAAGGAGAUCUUGGACUUGCUGAAAUCGACGCACAACAAAAUGGUGCUCACCUUCCAGAGAGCAGUCGUGAGCGAGGUCAAGAUUCAGCGAGGUGCCCUAAAUUUGGGCAUGCAUCUGAAAGACGGCCCCCAUUUCCUUCUCGUGCUCGGCGUCGAUGAUGGGGUUGUCAAGGACUUCAACAAAACGGUGCCUGCUGAGCAACAGAUCCAGCAGUCGGACCGAAUCGUGGGUGUAGAUGGCUUUGAAGGAGUUGGAGCAGCACUCAUGGACAAGGUCCGAAAUGCAGGUUCCGAGGUGACGUUAAAGGUCUUGGCUUGGAGGCCAUAG